UUACAUGUAUGCAGAGAACAAUAAGAAGAAUUCACGUUGCUAUAGAAACUGGAAACCUACACGAAAUCAAGCAGCACAUGAUAAACCGGUUAGCAGAUUCUAGGGACAAAGGUGGUAGAGGACUGUUGCACAAAGCAGUACUUUUUGAAAGGAGAUUCAUAAUCAAAUAUUUUCUUAAAGAGUACCCUGAGAUGGUGCAUUUAAAAGAUAUUGGAGGAAGAACACCCUUACACUGGGCAGUUUGUCUCAAAGAAGGAAAAGAUAUAGAAGAAAGUCUAAUGAAAGCUGGAGCGGAUCCCUCUGCGCGAGACAAGAAAGGAAGAACACCAAGUGAUUAUAGUAAAAUUGCUGAAUCUAUGCAGGGCACUAUACACAAAGAAAGAGUGAAGGACUUUGGAAUAGAGGUAUAUCUGCUUCAAAAGUACAUGGACUUUAAGUUCGCCAUUGAGGCCGGAGAUUUAUCAAAAGUAGAGAACAUACGAAACAGUAUGUACAAGGACAUCAGUCUCAACGAUCUUCAUGUCAAAAUGUACCAAACCAGACCUCCUCCGAAAGACCUAUUGUCGUUGAGUAUUGACAGUUCCCAGGAUCCGAUUGGAAAGUACUUGCUGAGUCAGGGAAUCAACAGGGAUAUAAAGUACAAACAUGGCGAGAUUGAGAUGUCGGCGGAGAAAGCAGCUGAACAGAAAGAAAUGACUCACACAGUAGAAGCUAUACAGUAUCAGAAAAACAGAGCUGCUGAAGAGAAGAAAAUUUUAAACAAAGUGAAAAAAGAAAAGAAAGAAAUGUUGGAAAAACAAAAAAAGAAUGGCACUUGCGAUGACUACCAACCAAUCCCUGUUACCAGUGGCAACAAUAAAACUGGAAGGAAAGAUAGUACUAAGGGAAAUACAUCCCUAACCAAUAUGAAAGAGAACAGCAAUGGUACCAAUAACAAAAAGAAUACAAAGGAGACAACCAAGAAACAGACAAACAUUACAAACAAUAACAACUGCACUGACAAUAAAGGAGAUAAAAAGAGCUGUACUUGCACAGUAAUAUAAUAUUUUGUCAGACUUUAAACAUAUUAUUAGGGUUUCAAAUCUGUCUAUCUAGCAAUUAAUCCUUUUUGUAUACAAUUUCCAAAGGUAAUUAAAAGCUUUGUUCAAAUAUUAAUCUUGCUUACUUUUAAUUUUUCACACGAAAAUAUUUUUCUAUUGAGGUAUUGCAGUGACCUGUUUUGAAUUCUAAUACUAACUCUAUUACAGUCAAUGUAUGUUACAAAAGUGCUGGUUGCAUUAUCAAAUAAC